AUGACAACUGAUCCAAGUGGUUACAGCGAUUGGCACGCAAAGUCAAUCAAUGACACUGCCGAUCUAUUAAAUACUUCCACAUCAGACGGCCUGUCUACUCAGGAAGCAAAUGCGCGACACACAAAAUAUGGGUACAACGAAUUAUCAUCUGACGAUGGCCCACAAUGGAUAAAAAUCCUUCUCAGGCAGUUCUUGGACGCUAUGAACUGGAUCUUCAUUGCCCUUGGUGGUGCCUCUUAUGGUCUCAAGGAUUAUGUUACCGGCUCACUCUUGAUGGUCAUUGCCAUUCUCAAUCUCUAUCUAUCAUUCUCACAAGAAUAUGCUGCCGAACAAACCCUUGCUGCCCUUCGCAACCUCUCAUCUCCACAGGCAGACGUUAUUCGUGACGGUAGAGAACAAUCAGUCGCCAGCAGAGAUAUCGUACCUGGUGAUAUACUUUUGGUCAAGGAAGGCGAUUCUAUCGGUGCAGACGCAAGAUUAGUUCAUGUAUCCAAUCUAGAAGUCGACGAGGCCCUCUUAACGGGUGAAUCUAUGCCCGUCCAAAAAGAGCUCAUUGUCCUGUCCAACCCUGAUGAACCAUUGGGUGAUCGUAUCAAUAUGGUCUACAGUUCAACUAUUGUUUCAAAAGGACGUGGAAGAGCCAUAGUCACAGCCACAGGAAUGCACACAGAAAUCGGAAAAGUUGCCGCUAAACUCAAUGAGUCCAACGACGGUGACAGAACACGUCUCCAGAAGAGUAUGGACAAAAUGUACAUCGCCUUGCUUGUCGUGGCCGUCAUCUGUGUUAUCAUUGUGCUCGCAUCAGUUAAAUUCAAAGUAAACUACGACGUUGGCAUGUAUGCAAUGACGGCAGCUUUAUCGGUUUUACCGGCUGGUUUGACAACCGUCAUGACCGUAACACUCGUUCUUGGUGGCAAGGAGAUGGCAGGUCACAAGGCCGUCGUACGGAAACUCAAGGUACUCGAAACUCUAGGUUCAGUCACAAACAUCUUUUCCGACAAGACUGGUACUCUCACAGUCGCAAAGAUGGUCGUUGUUCGUUUCUGGACUCUCAAAGAAGGCUACUUUUAUGUUACGCCCAACGGUCUGGCCCCUGAGGGAGAUGUCUACAGCACUCCUGGUAUCCAAGGCAAAGAAAAUGACGAAAAGGUCAACCAAGGCGAGCUGGUCGAUAAGACUCAGCUGUCUCCUACUAUCGAACGCCUCGUCCAAUGCGCCGCUCUCUGUAACAUGUCGAGUAUCUAUCUUCGCGAGGUCGACAAGGAAGAAAAGUCUUCCCCAAAUCUCGACGAAGUACCAGAAACCGAAGACACCUGGAUUUCAAGCGGUGCUCCAACAGAGGUAGCACUUCAGGUGUUUGCGCACAAGUUCAACAUGGGAAAACCUGUACUUGAACAAGCAGGCUGGGAUCUUAUCUCCGAAUACCAAUUCGACUCCACUAUCAAGCGUAUGUCAACCCUCUGCCAUGACAAACAGACCAACCGAACCGUGGUGUUCACAAAGGGCGCGACCGAACGGAUUCUUCCCCUCUGCCCAGCCUUGUCGGAUGAUGAGCAGACCCAGAUUCUCAAAACCGUGGAUCUCCUGGCUGCCAAGGGGCUUCGUGUCAUGACCCUGGCCUACCGUGAGCUGCCUUUGAACCAAGAAUAUCGCGGAGGGGUUAAUCGAGAUGAUAUCGAACGCGAACUUGUGUUUCUCGGUCUGACCGGUAUUUAUGAUCCCCCCCGUCCCGAGUCUCGCCAGGCUGUCCAAGAGGCCCAUCAGGCCGGGAUCAAGGUUCACAUGUUGACAGGUGACCAUGAAAUCACCGCGACGGCAAUUGCAAAGGAGAUCAACAUUCUCAACGAGACGACCAUGUCAGAAGAAACGAUCCGCCGCCUGGUUAUGACUGGCACUCAAUUUGAUGCCAUGACUGAUGAUCAAAUCGAUGCGCUUGAUGAACUUCCACUGGUGGUUGCGCGCUGUUCGCCCGAGACCAAGGUCAAGAUGAUCGAGGCUUCGGCCAGAAGACACAAUAUCUCGGCCAUGACUGGUGACGGUGUGAAUGACUCGCCUUCGCUUCGUAUUGCCGAUGUUGGAAUUGCAAUGGGCAAGAACGGCAGUGAUGUUGCCAAGCAGGCGUCGGAUAUCAUUCUUACUGACGACAACUUUGCGACCAUUAUCCGUGCCAUUGCCGAGGGAAGACGUAUCUACCAAAACAUGCAGCGUUUCUUGCUCUACUAUUGGAUUGCCCUGGCGUCUCUUGCGCUUGUGAUCCUGGUAUGUCUUGCUGUGCGUGAUCCGGAUGACAAGAGCGCUGCACCAAUGUCUACCAUCGGCAUGCUUUUCCUCUACAUAGCCAUCACACCGCCUGCUGGUGCUCUGAGUACCCAGCCAGCCUCGAAGACCAUUAUGCACCAGCCACCCAGACCACCCAAGGAAAGUCUGUUCAACCGAGAGAUUAUCAUGGACACUAUUGCGUAUGCACUCGUUACUGCCAUAUGCUGCAUCAUCGCCUUUUUUGUUCCGCUAUAUACGGUUGGCAAUGGCGUCGGUGGAGUGAACUGUGAUUCCGAAUACAUCGAGGGUGCCUGCGAUUCAUUCUACCGUGCCCGUGCUUCAAUGCUGGUCACAUUUACAUUCUUCUCGCUUGUGAUUAUGAUCCACUGCCGUAGUUAUCGUGAACCCGAGUGGGACAUGGCCGGUAUCAAGGAAACUCUAAAGUCAAAGACGUUUAUUGGCACGAUGAUUUUCGACAUUGUGUGCCUAGUGAUCUUUUUGUAUAUUCCUGUGGUCGCAAUCAAAGGAUUCAGAAUGAUGGCGAUUACUUGGGAAUGGGGACUUGACAUGGGUUUGACAUUGUUCUUUAUCGUUUUUGGUGAGGCCUUUAAGAUGUUCAAGCGGCGUUGUCUAAAGCCAAUGGUGACACGAUCUGUGGAGGUUGUAUAA